UUAUUUUGCCUAUAAAUACGAAAAUAUUCUUUCGAUUUAGUAUCAGUUGUUUGAUAUUAAACUAACAGAACACACAAAUUUAAAGAUGAAAUUCUUGGUUAUAUUCUUCAUGUUGAUUGUGGCCAUCGCUGCCCAAAGGAGACACGGACACCAUGGUGGUGGUGGUGGUUUCGGAGGUGGAUUCGGAGGAAACCAAGGUGGAUUCGGAAAUGGUGGAUUUGGAAACGGUGGAUUUGGAAACGGUGGAUUUGGACCCCAAGGCGGUUUCGGUGGUGGUGGACGUACAUCUGCCACUGCUAGCGCUCAAUCAUUCAGCGGUCCAGGUGGAAGUGGUUCAGCUGCAACCUCAAACACAGAUACUGAAACAUACGAUCGUAAAUAAGUUAAAUAAUGUAGAUAAAUAUUAAUAAAAAAAAGGCUUUAGUUGA